AUGGCAUCAACCAACAAUAUCGCCUUCACCGCCCCAAUCAAGCCACCAGGCGCAACAACCGUCAUCACCCUCGAACAAAUCUGGAACGGUCUCCUCCUCAAGAUCCGCUCCGCCGAGACAUUUGUUCCUGGAGCGAUCCAAUCUACCAAGGUUGUCAGUGAAUCCAUCGACCCAUCGACCGGAAAUCCCGUCACCGUUCGCGAAGUCCUUUUCCGCGAAACCCAGAAAACGGUUCAAGAGACCGUUACAGCUUUGAAGCCUACCCGGGUAGAGUUUGAACAGCCCGAUGGCAGCAAGAUCAGCAAUGUGGUCAGUCAAGGGGCUAGUGGGGAGCUCUAUAUGACGUAUAUUUUUGAAUGGAGACACCCCGGUGUCUCAGAGGCGGAGCUGGCAGCCUUGUUCAAGAAGGAGAAGAAGAUGAGCCAGAUGGCGGUUGAGGGGACAAUCAAGGUAUUGAGGCAAUUAGCUGAGGAGAAGAAGCUUUGA